GUGAGUCACUAAAGUCCAGGCUACGGAGAAGUGGAAGAGUCUACAGGUCACCACGAACUCCAAUCGUGACCCCACAGAGCGGCAUCACUAACAUGUGUCGGACGAAGUCGGCAGAUGUUCUGGCUGCCAGCCCUUCUCUUCCGCAAAGACGGAUUUUAAAAUCAGCCACACCAACUACUCUCGUUAGUUCUGGAUGCAGUACGCUCGCAGUAAAUUCUCAAAACAUACACGAUUGCGACCAGUCCACUCCUAAAAAGACACUAUUCGAAACAAACAACAUUGCUGUGGUGCCCAGGUCAAAUGAACAAAUCAAUUUAAAAAAACAACAGGCAUCAAAUACUCCAGGUGGGCGACAGCCAGAGCGCCUAUUGAAUCGAUUCAAGAGACGUAGUGACAGUGAAUGUAAUAGGCGUAUUAUCGAUAGCGUAAAAAGAAUUAAACUGAAUGAUGGAGAUGCCAGUUUCGAUGGCCGUGAUACACCAGUAGACGUUGCAACAACUGGAUGGACGUCAGAGUCAAGCUUGCAAGAAGAACUCGUAAUCAAGGAAGACAAACUUCGGAAAUUACAGAUGGUAGAGUUAUAUAAAAGCAAGAAUGAUUUGGUGAGAUUAGAAGAACUUAUCAACAAAUGGCGCGGUGCCAGUCAACAAAUAUUGGAGGCCCUUCAUGGCUACACUAGUGAGCCUAGACCAACCAUAUCUCAGCUACUAGACCACCUCCAGAUUCCUGCAUCAGUGGUCAUGUUCAAUCCAGAAGACCAAUGCUUUGAGUGAUAACCUUUAUAUACGUGCAAACUAUUACCACGUAUAUUGUUAUACACGGGCACAGCGAAGGUGUGUGUGCUUGGAUUGUUAUGCCCCCCAUUUCUUAAUAAUUCCCAAGUGCCAUUUUUCCUGAAGGGGUAAAACUGUUUUCAUCUAUCCCCAGACUUUAGUUCAUGUGCAGGGAUUUAAUUUGUUUGCCAUGGACUACAUAGUGCCACUUUUGCAUUUGAGUGCUGUAUUUUGCAAUAUAACAAAUAAUACAUGCCAAGAUAAAUACUGGUCACUCAUUGGUAUUCUGUAGACAUAGUUAUUUGGAAACAUAGGUGAUAAGAACCAUGCCACAAUGGGCAAUGGUAAGUGAGGGGGCAAGAGACAUGCCCUAUCUGCUAAGAAAAUCAGUGAGGGCCACCGACCCUUUUGCUAAAAUGAGUCAUUAAAUAAUUUGUACAGACUGCCAUAUAGCAUUCUAAAUACAUACUUUCGCAGCUACAGUGUACAUAUGCAAUUGCACACCUGACCCCAUAAUUAAUUAUACUCCACUUAUGCAAGUGUAAAAUGUAAAAACUAACAGGGGGCCUUGGAGGCACUAUAAGAGGAGUAUUUCCACUGGAUUAAUUCCUCGAAGGCAAAUAUUGUAAAUGCCAUCUCAGCAAUGAAUUAGUUUUGACUUAUGAUAUCCUCGCCAGUUUCUUCCAACUACACUCCAUGUUGCCUAGCCAGGGCUUUCUCGCCAUUUAUGUUAUUUAUGCAAAUGUACUAUAUAUUGAAUAAAUUAUCUCAUAGUUGUAUA